AUGACGGCGCUGGGAUGCCGAAACCUGUCACCCGAGGCCUCAGUCUCUAAGGCCUGGGUCCAGGCCGCUCCACUCUCCGGAGGGCGUCACCGGCGGGCCGCAGAGCAGCGAGGCUCUGGCUCCCCACGGAGGCAGCGAGCUCCGGCCCUGCGAGAGCAGACGGAGGCCCUGUUGGAAGCUCCAGCGCUACUCAGCCGACCCGCGGCCGCCCCCUAUCGCUCCAUGCUCAUUGGCCCCGGGCGUUACCUGGGGCCGCGGCGGGGCUCCACCCCCACCGGCAGCCGGCGCGUUGCUCCCUGCUGCAGCCGGGGGUCCCGGUCCCGCUGCAGCCCGCGCGCCGCCUGCCGCGGCCCCCCACUCCGGCCCGGAGCAGUGGAACCGUCCGCGGCCCUCACCACACGGGCGCGCGCGCGGGGCCCACGCCGGCUGCGCAGUUUCGGAAGGGAAAAUCAUAAGACUCAGGGGCCGUUCAAGGAAUCUUUGCUUCUCGGAGAGUUUGUCCGCCUCCUCCAGCCUCGGAUUCGCGCUAGAGCCAGCCUGGACCAGAGCACGUACGAUGUCUUUUGGGGUCGGGUAUCCCCAGCCCCAGAGAAGCUCCUCCGCUCCCGCAACUGUGGGCGUAUUAGGCCGGCGGGGACUACAACUCCCAGCGUGCCCCGCUGUAGCAGCGCGUGCCGCUCAGGGUUGGUGGUCUGUGGCCUGGGCCUCCAGUCCAGGCACACUUCAGCCCCUCACCUCGGUCCUGCCCUCCUACCCCCUCCCAAGCUGUGGCCUGUGCCUCCUGAGAAAUCCGCCUGUCCGGAGACGGUGCCCAUCUUUGCCUGCCGGCGUCUGUCCACCACUCCAAGGCCCCUUCUGGGGCACAGGAAGCUUGAGGGGGGUGAGGACAAGGUGGCUGAGCCCCUGGAGCUCGAGGAGAAAGACCAUACUCGCCCCCACCCCACCCCCAUCACCAACUUAAUCCCCACCUCCAUCUCCAUCACCACCUCCAAUGCCAUCUACAUCACCACCUUCAUCAUCACAAAUGUCAUCAUUGCCUUCAUCCUCACCUUAUUACACAUCAUCAUUGCUUCUUUCCACACAGCCACCCUCACCUCCAUUGUUCGGCCUCCCCAUGGCAUCGUCACCGUCUCCUGUCCAAGCCCCCUUUGGGUCCCUCCAGACGUGAUGGCAUGGCCGUGGCUGUCCUGCAUCCUGCUUCCUGCCCUCGUGGUGUCUGUGGCAGCCAACACGGCCCCGAUUUUCCAGCAGAAUAUGACAGUAGUGACCUUGGCCGAAGACCUGCCAGUGGGGGCCCAGGUCUUCUGGCUGGUGGCUACUGACCGGGAUGGGGACCCUCUGACCUAUGGGAUUAGUGGCACCUAUGCCUACUUCUUCCACGUCACCCCAAGCACUGGGGAAGUGAGUCUGGCCAGCCCUCUGGACUACGAGACCAUCUUCAACUUUGGCAUCACUAUCUCUGUGCACGACAGUCAAAACAACGCGGUACAGAAGGAAAUGCAGGUGAUCGUGGAGGACAGAAAUGACAACGCUCCUGUCUUCCAGAACAUCAGCUUCUCCACCAGCAUCAAAGAGACCCUGCCGGUCGGCUCCGUGGUGACCACUGUGCUGGCCAAAGACAAAGACACGGGAUCUGGGGGCUUGGUAGUGUACUUCAUAGAUAAGGUCAUACCUGACGCUGCGGACAACCAACACCUCUUCCGGAUCCUGGCCAAUGGCUCCAUCGUGCUCAAUGGCAGCCUCAGCUACAACAACAAGAGUGCCUUCUAUCAGCUGGAGCUGAAGGCCUGUGACUCAGGUGGCUUGUACCAAGGCAAAAUCAUCACCCAGUGCUCCUCCUCCGUCUUUUUGUCCAUCUCAGUGAUCGACCAGCCUGACCUGGACCCCCAGUUUGUCAGGGAGUCUUACGUGGCCUCUGUGACUGAGGAUGCACCCAAAGGAACCUCUGUGCUGAAGGUGGAGGCCGUGGACAGCGACAAAGGCAUCAAUGACCUUGUGACCUACAGCAUCUCCAACUCCACAAGGCCUGGCUGGUUUGACAUUAAGGCAGACGGGGUCAUCGUGGUUAACGGUUCCCUGGACCGUGAGCAGCUACUGGAGGAGGACGAGGAGGUACAAGUGCAGGUCACGGCCACCGAGACGCAACUCAACAUCUACGGGCAAGAUGCCAAGGUGAGCAUAUGGGUCACUCUGAGGGUAACAGACGUCAAUGACCACAAACCUGAGUUUUACAACUGCACCCUCCUGACCUGCACCUUCACAUCUGAAGAAGCCCAAGUCAACUUCACUGGCUCCGUGGAUGAGCAUGCCUCAGCUCGCAUCCCCAUUGACAACCUCACCCUGGUGGCCUACGACCCAGACAAGGGCAGCAAUGGCACCUUCUUACUCUCCCUGGGGGGUCCUGACGCUGCGGCCUUCAGUGUCUCCCCUGAGCGGGCCGUAGGCUCAGCUGAAGUGCAGCUGCUGGUGAGGGUGUCAUCAGUCGUGGACUACGAGAGGCAGACUGUGAUGCUUGUGCAGGUGGUGGCCACUGACUCUGUCAGCCAGAACUCCUCCAUCGCCACAGUGACCAUCCAUGUCAGAGACAUCAAUGACCACCAACCCACAUUCCCAGAGAGCCUCUACGUCCUCACUGUGCCAGAGCACAGUGCCAAUGGCUAUGUGGUCACUAAUAGCAUCCAUGCCACUGACCCUGACACAGGUGAGGGCGGCCACAUCACCUACAGCCUGCUCCCAGGGAAUGGGGAGGAACUCUUCGAGGUGAACCCAGACAAUGGGACAGUGACAGUGAGAAACAGCGAGAAGCUGGACCGCGAGGUGCAGGCUGUGUACUACCUCACAUUGCAGGCCACGGAUGGUGGGAACCUGUCAGGCACCACCAUGUUACAGAUCAGCCUGCUGGACAUCAAUGACAAAGCACCCGUGGUCAGUGGCUCCUACAACAUCUUUGUCCAGGAGGAGCAGAACAUCUCCGUGACCAUCCAGGCCAGCGACGAGGACCAGCCUGACACCAACAACAGCCGCCUGUACUUCAGCCUGCUGCCCAGCCCCUACAGCGAAAACUUCUCGGUGAACCCUGACACAGGGCUCCUCAGAAGCCUGGGACCCCUGGACCGAGAGGCCAUCAACUCCACUCUGGGGGGCCGCAUUGUGCUGACUGUGCGUGUGUCUGACGGUGGUGUACCUGUCCACAGCACAGAGGUCAAUGUCACCAUCAAUGUAGAGGACAUCAAUGAUAACCUGCCCGUCUUCAACCAGUCCAGUUACAACUUCUCGGUGUUGGAGAGGGAUCCGGGAGCGCUGGUGGGUGUGGUGGUGGCCUGGGAUGCGGACCAGACGGAAGCCAACAACCGCAUCAGCUUCAGCCUGUCAGGGAGUGGGUCUAACAACUUCCUGCUCCGAGGCUCACUGCUGGGGUCUGGGUGGGCCAUGGGCCACCUCCAGCUGCCCGUGGACGUAAGCCUGGACUACGAGACACAGGUCUUCUUUGAUCUGAUAGUGAAUGCCAUGGACCCAGACCCCCAGGGUGAGGCCACAGCAACUGUCCACGUGAAUGUGAUAGAUGUGAACGACAGACCACCCACCCUGGACCCGGCCUCACUCCGGGGCAUCCGCGUGGCUGAGAAUGGUUCACAGUAUGGUCUGGUGGCUCAAGUGGUUGCUGAGGACGUGGACACCGAUGCUCAGCUAGUGGUCCAGUUUAUGAACGUCAUCUGUACCAAGGCGGGAGUUGAUGUGGGCAGCCUGUGCCAUGGCUGGUUCUCCGUGGUGGCCAAUGGCUCUGUGUUCAUCAAUCAGAGUGAGGCCAUCGACUAUGAGGCCUGCGACCUGGUCACUCUGGUCGUGCGGGCCUAUGACGUCAUGACAGAUCCCCGCUUCCAGGCCUACAGUGACAAUGGAACCCUCCCUAUCACCAUCGAGGAUGUGAAUGACAAUGCACCUUAUUUUAUACCUGUCAACAAGACUUUUGUGAUCAUUCCAGAACUUAUGGCACCCAACCAGCAGGUGGCUUCUGUCCAGGCCAGAGACGACGACUCAGGGAACAAUGGGGCCAUCCAGUUCUCCAUCUUUCAAGUGGCCUUCGUUUCUAAGGAUGGGACUAUGUCUUUCCCCAACGUCUUCCGGAUUUCCACCUCCUCGGAGGCCAACGUGUUCACUGGCAACAUUGAGCUGGUGACCAACCUUGAUGCCACUCUCCAAGGUACCUACCAAGUGACAGUCCAGGCCCAGGACAGACCUUCCAUAGGUGCUGCCCAGGAAGCCAAAAUCACCCUGAACCUCUUCACUGUGGACCAGAGUUACCGCGUGAGACUGCAGUUCUCCACCAGCAAGGCGGAGGUGGGCGCCAACCUGGAAGACAUUAAGGCGACUCUCGCUCAAGCAACCAGGACUACUGUCUACACUGUGAGCAUUCAGGACAUAGACUCUACAACCCGGGCCCGGGGCCGCUCCUACCUCGAUGCCUACUUCGUCUUCCCAAAUGGGUCUGCCCUGACCCUUAAUGAGCUGAGUGUGAAUAUCCGGCAAGACCAGGACUCAUUGACACAGUUGCUACGGCUGGGCCUGGUGGUGCUGGGCUCCCAGGAGAUCCAGGAGGAGUCACACCUGCCAAUGGUGAUCGCCCUCUCGGCGCUGGGCGUGGUUUUGCUGCUGGUCCUCCUGGUCGCAAUCACUGUCAUUGUGUGUGUCCGGAAGAGCUACCGCCGGAAGCUUUGGGCUAUGAAGGCUGCCAAGGAGGCCAGGAAGACAGCAGCAGGGGAGAUGUCCUCAGCCCCUGCCAUCCCCGGGACUAACAUGUACAACACUGAGCGGGCCAACCCUGUGCUGAACCUCCCGACUGAGGACCUGGGCUUCGGGUCCCUCGCUUCCUUUAAUGACUUAGACCACAUCAGCCUCAACUCCUUGGAUGAAAACACUGUGCACCUGGAUCGGAACAGGCAGGAAACCAACGCAGGACAGACAGAGCCGCUGCCCAGUUGGGUGGAGCCAGAUGCAGAACCCCUGAGCCUGGUGCUGUCAGAAACACAGGAGAGCACCAGUGGCCUGCAGGAGUCACUGUCCUUCACCGAUAAUGCCCCGGACACCACAGACCUGUGA